UUUUGCGGCGCGGGUUGGCGGCAGCGCGUUGCCGGGUGUCCCCAUGUGCGGGAGCUGAGAGGGGGAGUGGGAGAGGCCAUGGCGGCGGCUACAGGCCGCGAGCGGCGAACCCUCAGCGCCAGGGAUUUACUUGGCCCUAAAGAUGAAGAAGAGGAGAAUUUAUUUCAGACAAAACAUGUCAUGAGUGACAGUGAGAAUGAGGAGGGCAGUGACGAUGAGAGCAAGCAUCAGAAGCUGCUGGAGGCAAUCAGUUCCCUGGAUGGGAAAAAAAGGAGAAAGCUGACAGAGAGGACGGAGGCCAGUUUGCAGGUGUCCGAGUUCACCAUCAGUUCAGGAGGUGCGGGUGAGAAGAUCGAACUGUCAGAUCUUCUUCAAACAAUACGACCAUCUGCUACCUCGCUCAAUACUGUGAAGAAACAGCUCACCAGAUUUAAGAAGAAGAACAAGACUCUAGAUUUACCUCUCAGCAAGCAAGUGACUGAAAAGAUUCAAAGAUCAGUGGCCGAUAAGAAAACAUCGAAGGAAGUGGCAAAAUGGGAUCACGUAGUGUUCCAGAAUCGGAGAGCAGAGCAGCUUGUCUUCCCACUGAACCAGGAAUCAUUCACAGUCAAGCCAAUGGAAGAAAUGAUAGCUGGCUGGAAGGCACGGACACCUCUGGAACAGGAGAUUUUUAACUUGCUGCAUAAGAACAAUCAGCCCGUGAAUGAGCCACUCCUGACUGCAGCAGAGAGGGCUUCUCUCCAAGCUAUGAGCCUGGAUGAGGCUAAAGCCCGUCGAGCCGAGCUUCAGAAAGCCAGAGCCCUUCAAUCUUACUACGAAGCCAAAGCGAAAAGAUCAAAGAAAAUAAAGAGCAAAAAGUUUCACAGGGUGCUGAAGAAGGCCAAGAAGAAGCAGUUUCUGAAGGACUUUGAAGAACUAAAGAAGACUAAUCCUGAGGCAGCUCUUGAGGAGAUGAAGAAGUUGGAGAGUAUACGAAUCAAGGAACGAAUGUCACUUCGACAUCAAAACAGUGGAAAAUGGGCGAAAUCUAAAGUUAUAAUGGCAAAGUAUGACAACGAGGCUCGGAACGCAAUCCAGGAACAGCUAGAGAAGAACAAAGCCCUGACCGCAAAACUCCUGGUUCCCUCGGAAAGCGAGGAUGAGGUGGAAGAAGAGACAGGUGGCGAGAUCAUUCCUGAUUUUGUGAACGAUGUUCAGUCAGGAACGCCGGACAAUCCUUGGAUGCUGGGAAAACUCAGCACUGUCGCUCAGAGCAGUGAGCCACAGGAAACCGAGGAAAUCCAGCCUGUGAAGGUGGAUGAGAACGAAGCUUCAGAGGACGAAGAGCAACUUUCCGAAGACGAGACUUUGUUGCGAGAGUUUGAGGAACGACGGCGGAAUCGUAGACAGCGUAAGAAGAAACCGGUUGGGUCACCAGGUCCUCUGGAUGAGACAGUAAACGGAGGAAAUCUGAAAAAGACCAAGGGCAGAAAAAAUCUGAAAGCAACUGAGGAAGAUAAAGAGAAAACCAUCCCCACAGAUCCGGACGAGAAAGAGGAUGGUUUUGACGAAGAUGUAAAUGAGUUCAACCAACUCUUUCAGAAAUUGUCUGAGAAGAAACCAAAACUCGCGGGGAUCAAAGCUAAAAAAGCUCGGAGCAAAAAGCUGCAAAAGAAACCAGCGGAAAGUAAAGAAGAACAAAUCCCGGAAGAGCGUGAGGAGCCCCUACUGGAUCAACAGUUGGAUCGCAAAAGGACGAUGGAGGAACUCGAUGCUCUUGGUCAGGAAGGAUCCUGUGACAUUCACGAGGUCUCGGAGGCAGACCCAGCCCAAAGCCAGCCAGGAGCUUCAGAGAACUCCUCAAACUCAGCAAAUGCUAAACCUGAAAAGAAAAAGAGCAAAAAAGAUAAACUCAUCGACAUUGAGAAUGUGCUGAUGGUUCCAUCCAAAACCAUUAGUGCCCCUUUGGUUCCAACAGCCAUAGAAGAGGAGAAUGAAGAGGUGCAGGAGGACCAACGCAUGAUCAUCCGAGAGGCCUUUGCAUCAGACAAUGUCAUUGAUGAUUUCAUGAAGGAAAAGCAGAAGCAGAUUAACGCCAACAAACCCAAGCACGUCGACUUGACCCUGCCAGGCUGGGGCGAGUGGGGAGGAGUGGGCCUGCACACCAGCAAGAGAAAGAGAAGGAAGUUUCUUAUUGAAGCUGCUCCAGCUCCUCCCAGGAAGGACCAGAAAUUGCCGAAUGUCAUUAUCAGUGAAAAGCGAGAUAUUGCAGUCGCGGGUUUCCAGGUGAGUGAACUACCAUUCCCAUUUUCCCACCGGGAGCAUUUUGAGAAGAGCAUCCGAGCUCCUAUUGGGAAAACGUGGAACACCGAGAAAGCCACUAAGAGACUGACUUUACCCAAAAUUGUUACGAAGAUGGGGGCUAUAAUUGAGCCAAUCUCCGAGGAGGAUGUAACUCAGGAUCAGAGAAGACACAUGAAUUCAAAUAUGGAACAGAAUUCUGAUGGAGGCCAAAAAAGGCAGUGGAAGAAGCCGAGGAAGCCAGCGAAGCGGGGUGGCAAAGCGUUCUAAAUCACAAGACAAAUGUGGGGCACGUGGCAAGCUCUUGCCUUGUUCAGAACACUUCCCUCACUCACUAUGGUUGUGGGUGCGUUCAUUACAUCCCAAAGCGUGGCCGGUCACUCAAGCUCGCCAGCCACACUUGUGGAUCUGUCCGCUUUGAGGAAAACAACUUAUUGACCAGAUGUCUUCAUUGAAAUGCAUCAUCCUGUUCGAUGAAGCAACGGAGCAGAUUGUGUGCACGCGCGCGCACACACACACACACACACCUGUUGAGUUGCACAAAUUAGCCAUUAAAGUGGAGAUUACUGUUCGUUUAAGAUUCAAUGGAUUGGAGAAUUUUACAUUUGUUUUCAAUGGAAAUUGACUAUUUUUGACUUAUUGACCCAAUAUUUUUACAGAAAAUUAUGCCAACCUUCUUGAUUUUUUUUAACGCUUAAAUAUAUAUAUUAGGGGAGACUUGAAACACUGGUUUGAGGUUAAGAGUGUGCAUUUCUAAUGCAAACAAAAUGAACCAUAAUAUUUAUCGCCCGUUUGUUUAACUGGAGGUUCGUUACCAGAAGAAAAAGUAAUAUUUGUAUCACGGAUGAUAUUUUGUUGAACAAAAUACCAUUGCUGGCAAAGGGAAAUUACAUUUUUAACGGAU